CAUCCGCUCACAAAGCAUUACUAACUACAGAUUUAUUCGAUAAUGCUUUGUAAAUACAACGUUAUUUCUCGCUCUACGAAUAAAUUGCUUUACUUUAGGACAACAACGCUAGCAUAGUAGCCGUUCGAUUCUACAGCUUUUGUAUCUACAUUGUUAUGUGCUAUUUGCAUUUAUCGAAUAUUAUGAGUUAUUAUAGAUAAUGUAUUUGUAUAAAUCAGAUGGAGGUAAACAGGAACAGUUUAGGCAUUCAGAAGUGCUAGUUAGCAAGUAGACUGUGUAGACUGAACUAUGCAUCAACUUGCUCCUGGUCCUCCUCUCACUGGAACCGUCAGCUUUUGAAUUGCUGACAUUUAGUUAUUAAAUGAGCCUAAAGCCCUGGCAUUACACGGGAAAUCUACAAUGUCGAGGAUUCUUCUGGGCCUGGUAAUGCUUGGAUGCACUGUUUCUGUUGAAGAUGUUCAUGCCUUUGACGACCCGAUCACCAGACUUGUGAAUGAGAAACCGGGUGAGCGGUGCUCAGGUAGAGUGGAGGUGCGUCAUGGGCAUCGGUGGGGCACUGUGUGCCAGCGUGGUUGGGAUCUGGAGGAUGCUGCAGUGGUUUGUAGAGAGCUCGACUGCGGCUUUGUGUUGGACAUUCCAGGUGGUGCUCAUUUCGGACGGCCCGGUGGAGAGGUGCUGUGGAGGAAUGUGAAAUGCACGGGUGACGAGUUUGCCCUGGAUCUGUGUGAACGCUUCCUCAAUGAUGACGUGUGUAUGCACAGUGAGGAUGCUGGAGUGGAGUGCACAGGAAAACUUCUAGCACCAACCUUGUCAAUUCAGUCUCGCCUCUACACCUUCUCAGCCGGAGAGUCCGUUCACUUUAAAUGCACUGCACCAUACUGGAAGUCCUUCAUUGACUUCCAACUGUACAAAAGAGGUGUGGACACUCCGCUAGUGACCCAGAGAGCUGAUCCCAGGCAAAUGACGGUGGAUCUGAUCCUGUCAGACUUGGAAAUCUCUCACCAGGGCAGCUACAGCUGUCUCUACAGGACACACAAUAAACUGGGAAACUCUCCCUCAGGAUAUUCUCCACACAGCAACUUCAUUAACAUCAUCGUCUUGGAGAUUCACACUCCCCAAAUCUGGUACAACACGUCUCCUGAGGCCGGGCUAGGAUGGGUCACCCGGAGCCACAGUUUUAACGUCACCUGCUCCACUCAGCCCCAGUAUCCAGGAGGAUCCUUUCAGCUGCGGCUCAUCAGGCCCAACAGGAACGUCCGGCACUCUCUGCCAGCCCUUGCUCCCUCCGUUACUUUUACCUUCCCCAAUGCCCAGUCCAAUAAUGAGGGCUACUACUGCUGUCUUUACAAGGUUCAGAUUGGAGAACGCACAUUUACCUCGAGGGAGAGUCAGCCUUUACCCAUCUCUAUUCGAGAAGUGGAUCCGGUGAUGAGCCCAGUGGUCAUCAGUUUACUGGUAUCCGGUUUGAUAUUUGUGUUGGCGACAUGUGCUAUUCUGAUUGUUGCCAAAGUUUACUGCAACAGAGUGAGUAAACCCACUGGACUGGAGAGAGAGAGCAGGACCUGUGUUGACAACACAUACAUUGCCUUGACAAUCAAAUAAUGGGAGUUCAAAAAGAAGCAAACUAGAAACUAGUCACUUGGUCCACCUGAGGUUGGGGUUUCAGUGGCCUGUCCAGACCAAAGGGAACGUCUAAGUUUAAAGAACAACAGAUUUAACCACAGAAGAACCUCCUUUUCUGACUAUCUGCUGUUCCCUGUCAGUUACAGAGAAAUACAUUUGAAUUGUCAUUGGUUGGGGGAGAUUUUUUUUUUCUUUUUAAGUAAAUGCUGAAAUCACCAGACUUGAAGAGGUAGCAUUACAACACAAGCUGUUGCACUAACAGGGUUCAAAAGGGCUUUUUAGUUUUUAGAGGUACCGUGUCUGACCCGUCAUAUCAUUGCUGGUAUAGACUGUAAAACUGUGAAAUGUUUUGGGGUUUUUUCUUGUUUCUUUGCAUUCUGUAAGGGGCUUUAUAAUUUAAAAUGAUACAUUUAUUGUUUUGUU